GCAGCAACAGCAAACACGCCUAUAAUCGCUGCCCGGAUUCUGAUGGCUGAUGAAUAUUUUUGCUAAAGCCAUCUAGCAAUUUGGUUUUGUCGUGGCAAACCUGGUCAACAUGGCGACGCGAAGAUAUAUGAAACGGGGAACUCCGGGAAGGGCGUAAAUAAGUUAAGAUUCCAGCCGCGAAAGUGUUCAGCCGCCUCACCUUACCGGUCAUCUGUAUCUUCAAAAUACUGCUACUUUGUACUGGUGCUUCCGGUUCAAAAUACGCGCAAUCACGAUGGAGGAGCUUCGAGUCAUGUGGUGUGAUGCACUCGAGGAAUUGCUUCAGUGUCCCGUGUGCUUGGAAGUAUCACAGGGUGUUAAGGUCCAAUGCUUAAACGGACACCACAUAUGUAAUGCAUGCAGGGUGCAGUUGCAAGUGUGUCCCAUAUGUAAAUCCCAAUUUAUCGGAACGAGAAAUUUAGCAGUGGAACAAAUCUCAGCCAAGCUGCAGGACAUAAAGUUAUCCUUGUUGAAUCCGUAUCAUGAGCUCAACAGAAGAAUUCUACACAAUAAGAUUUGCGUGGCCACUCAAACCGAAAAUAUUUUCACGCUUUCCACUGCCUGCCAAACUGAAUCCGCGAAUCAAGAUAUAUCGAUCACCCCAAGAACCGAACAACAGAGAACGACGACAAACCUGGCGCCUAGAGUAGGAAAGGGGUCUUAUCCGUGUCGUGUUGGGUCUUGCGUGAUGGAACUGCCACAUGGAAGAAUGAUCGGCCACUUGAGAUACCACCAUAAAGAUGUAUUUUACGAGUUCAACGCAAAAAAUAAUGUAUUACAAAAGAAUUGGAACCUGGAGUAUAUCUACAAUCGGGAUUACGAUUUCGCUUUUCAUAUCAAAGAGAUGGGCCUGUUUUUCUUGAAUAUCUCUAUAAAUCAGACAGGGGAUCUAACGGCUUUCCUACAAAUUGUUAAUUGCAUCGCUGUAUGCAAACAAUUCACAUACACAUUCGAAGCAGUUGGGGGAUUUGACGCUAUUUACAGUGGCCCGGUGAAAUCAUGCAGAGGGCCAAGGCCGUGUACACCAAACGACUGUCUGCGCAUACAUCAGAAUAAUAUGCGCCAUCUAGUUGACAAUAAAAACUAUUUCCAUUGCAAUCUAAUGAUAAAACGUAGGUUUAACAGAACAGCCUCCGUGCAAAAUCCGAUGAAUGCUUCCGAUGACAUAGUGGACAAUUAAUAGAAGUUAAACGGUUAAUUUUUUUUAUACAAAAGAACAAGAGAAAGUUGACGAUUAUUUUACUAUUAGCUUUUUCUGUAAAAUAUGAUCUGUAUAAACAAUUUAAGUUUACUUUUUAGUUCAGUAGAAAUUUUGGUCGUUCAAUUGCGUUACUGGUGCCUACGAUUAUAUAACUGUCGAUGUAAUUUAAGUAAUUUAAAUGUUCAUUGAAACGCGCGGAGAGCGUGUAUUUUUAAGUAACACUUUAGUGGUGACUUGCGUCUCUCAGUAUUGCCUAAUUGAACUUAAAAAAAGAGAUCGAAAGACUGAUUAUAUUGCGGAUUGCAGACACAGAUGCAAUCAGAUAUGGAUAACGUGACAAAUUUCAAUCCGAUAUUUCGUUAUAAUUGCAGUUAGGCAGUACUGUAUUUAAAAAAAAAAUAGGAAGGGAGGAAAAAAGUAUUACUUGCCAUAUUUUUUGCCUGGAACGCUUCCUAUAUAUUCUUUCGGUAAAAUUAAUUUCAGAAGUUUUGACGUGUGAAUUUCAAGAACUUUUUAUCGCGACGAAACGAAGGAAAAUUUCGUGAUGUGUACGUAUUGCAUUCACAACGCAUGUGAUAUAACUUUACAUAUAAUAUUAUGGACAGAAAAGUUACUAACGUGUGAUACUUCUAUAUACGAAAUAAAGUUAUUACGUUAAAAA